AUGGAGAUAGAGUCAGGGAGGACUGGCACACGGCGGCGCAGCGUGGGCGUGGCGGCAGGCGGCAAGGAGGCGCCGGGCGGGCGGCGGUGGCGGCGGCGCGGCGUGGCAAGCGGGCGCGUGGUGGGUGGCCUGCGUGGCGCUGCGGCGGCCGGCGAGCAACUUCUAGACCAGAACACGCGCUGCCCUCUGCAGCGUGCUGCUGGCUGCUGCCCUGUGCAGCCUGCACUGUGGCCGUUUCGUUUCGUGCACGGCCGGCCGGACGGCGCGACAGCGAUGCAAAGCGCCGCCACCCCCACCGCUCCCAGGACCCAGGUCGCAGCUCGCAGGUGCCGGCCAUGCACUUCCGAACGGUUCGCCGACGUGGCCACUCCGAACGGACGACCGGUGCUCGCCCAGCUGGCGCAGGCCCUCCGCCCCACGGCCGCCGCUCCCGCCAGGACCUACUCCGCCGCCGCCAAGGAGAUAACUGUAAGGGAAGCAUUGAAUACCGCAUUAGAUGAAGAAAUGUCGGCAGACCCUUCUGUUUUCUUGAUGGGAGAAGAGGUUGGUGAGUACCAAGGUGCAUACAAGAUAUCUAAGGGUUUGCUUGACAAGUAUGGCCCUGAUAGGGUUCUUGAUACUCCAAUUACUGAGGCUGGCUUCACUGGCAUUGGUGUUGGUGCCGCCUACCAUGGUCUUCGACCUAUUGUAGAGUUCAUGACAUUUAACUUUUCGAUGCAGGCAAUUGAUCACAUAAUUAAUUCAGCUGCCAAGUCGAACUACAUGUCAGCUGGCCAGAUAUCUGUGCCUAUUGUCUUCAGGGGUCCAAAUGGUGCUGCUGCUGGAGUUGGUGCCCAACACUCGCAGUGCUAUGCAGCUUGGUAUGCACAUGUUCCCGGAUUGAAAGUUCUAGCUCCAUAUUCUGCAGAAGAUGCUCGAGGUCUGCUAAAAGCAGCAAUCAGGGAUCCAGAUCCUGUUGUGUUCCUUGAAAAUGAACUUCUUUAUGGUGAAUCCUUUCCUGUUUCUGACGAGGUACUUGAUUCUAGCUUCUGCCUUCCGAUUGGAAAGGCUAAGAUAGAGCGUCAAGGGAAAGAUGUCACUAUCACUGCAUUCUCCAAGAUGGUCGGAUAUGCUCUUCAGGCCGCCGAUAUACUGGCCAAGGAAGGUAUCAGUGCCGAGGUAAUCAAUCUUCGCUCGAUCAGACCGCUGGAUAGAGCUGCUAUUAAUGCAUCUGUGAGGAAAACCAAUAGAUUGGUAACCGUAGAAGAAGGCUUCCCUCAACAUGGGAUUGGUGCUGAAAUAUGCAUGUCUGUUGUAGAGGACAGCUUUGAGUAUCUUGAUGCACCAGUUGAGAGGAUUGCUGGAGCUGAUGUCCCCAUGCCGUACGCUGCCAACCUUGAGAGGAUGGCUGUUCCACAGGUGUCCUACUUUCCUCUUUUGACUCUUUGCUACUGCCACACUUGCAGGUCGAUGACAUCGUCCGGGCAGCCAAGCGUGCUUGCUACAGAGCAGCUGUACCGAUGGCAGAACCCUGCCUUCUCCAUUUCUGUGUCUAAUGUCCAAAGUCCAGAAAGAUAUGUCCCCCAUAAUGGUAUGACGAGUACCCACUGCCGCUGCAACUCAACUAGCAUGAGCUGA